AUGUCCUUGUUCCUCCCGCUCACAUACCUGCAACUAUGGAUCACCCACUCAGACAUGCUGCCCGAGUGUUGCCGUAGCCUCUUACGAUGUAUACCCGUGUCUCACUCCAGACGCGAGCCCCCGCCGAGGACCGAUUCGCAUUCGAUGAACACGUUCCAAGAACGCCGUCCGGCGAGCAAGGUGUUACGGCCAGCCUUCCACCCGACGUUCCCCGAGGAGUGCGUCCAUCACGCGGCCCCAGAGUCCGAGUCCGAGGUCAUGCAUGGUAAUGUAUAUAUGGAUCGUCUUCCCGCGAGCGGGCUUUCCGUGAGGUCACCUUCCGAGGACGAUCCGCAAUUGGCCGACAAGAGGCAUGUGCACGUCAACGCUACGCAGGCUCCCUGA